AUGGACAAACAUUUGCAAGGUAAGUCUGUCUCUCUGUUAUCUCUGUCUGUCUGUCUGUCCUUCUGUCAGUCUGUCCGUCCGUCCGUCUUUCUGUCUGUCGAUAUGCACUCCACAGAUUUUAUAAACAAUUUAUUGAAGAAAUAAUGUGUUCUAGUUAAAUCAAUCAAUUAAAUCGAAUCUGUUAGCUUUUGAUAAAUCCUGUGAAUGUGUGUGUGUGUGUGUGUGGGGGGGGGGGGGAUCCAGUAGAUCACCAAUAAGGAAGUGAGUAAUAACAUUUCUGAGUUUAUCUCAUAUCAUUUCAGGAGGGAAAGCAUUUGGAUUCCUCAAGUCUCUACAGGAUGAGAAACUGAACUCCAUCAAUGAGGUCUGUUCUUUAUCUGUUAUUAUGGCAAUAUUAUCUAGCUAUAGUAUUAUUAGCAACUAUCAGAUCUCAACAUCUGUCUUGUGAUAUUCUAUUCUGAAGGUUUUUCUCACAGAUCCUAAAUAUGCAGAGGAGGAGGACCUCAGCUCAAAACUGGAAAUGUUUAAAAGUGAGAUUUUCAAGUAUUUUAAUUUCACAUUGAUCAGACAGUUAUCAGUUACCUUGAUGAAUGAAUCAACAAUGAAAUAAUAUGUUUCAUGUGUUCUGUAUUGUUUUACAGACAAAUACAUGGAAUUUGAUCUCAAUGACCAAGGAGACAUCGGUAAAAACAAUUGUUUUACAACAAUCCUGAUGAAUAACAAGAUUAGGCUAAUCAAGAGGACAACAUUGAGCCAUCCAUGUGAACCAUCUUUGUCAUGGCCUCUCUCUCUCUCUCUAUCUAUCUCUGUGUCACAGACAUGAUGGGGCUAAAGCGCAUGUUAGAGAAGCUGGGGGUGGCCAAGACUCACUUGGAGCUGAAAAAGAUGAUGGCAGAUGUUGUUGGCGGCACUGCACGAGACACGUUCUGUUACACAGACUUUCUCAAUAUGAUGCUAGGGAAGAGGAAUUCCAUACUCCGA